GUCGGCCGUUGAUCGCGGUACCGCGAGCUACGCUUUUCUCUCGUGCGUCUUUUCCGCACCGGUGCUGCGGGCUUCCCCAGCAAUCGAGCAAUUAUCUUUCGAAGGAUACGGGGUGACCAUCCUUGAAAGAUGAGUUGCAACUGUCCGUUGACCGCGUCCACAGGACCCACUUUGGCCUCGACAUGCGGCGGCUCGUCCUUCAUGCUCUUCAUGGGACUGCUCGAAGUCUUCCUGCGCAGCCAGUGCGACCUCGAGGACCCGUGUAACAGACCCUCACCGCCGAGCAAUGUCAAUACGAGGUACGAUUUCGUAGUGAUCGGAGGAGGUAGUGCAGGUGCGACUGUGGCGGCCAGAUUGUCGGAGGAACCUAGAUUUUCCAUAUUGCUGUUGGAAGCCGGAUUGGACGAGCCGACGGGCACUCAAAUACCUUCGUUCUUCUUCAAUUUCAUCGGCAGCGAUAUUGACUGGCAGUAUACCACCGAGAGCGAGAACGAUGCUUGCUUAAACAAGGAACAUAGACAAUGUUACUGGCCUAGAGGAAAAGUCCUUGGCGGUACCAGCGUUAUGAACGGAAUGACGUACAUGAGAGGAUCGCGCAAGGAUUACGACGAUUGGGCUAAACUCGGCAACGUCGGAUGGUCCUACAAUGACGUCCUUCCAUAUUUUAUAAGAAGCGAGGAUAAUCAGCAAGUAAACAACAUGGAUUACGGUUACCACGGAAUCGGCGGGCCGCUCACGGUCAUGCAGUUUCCUUAUCAUCCGCCGUUGAGUUUCGCUCUUCUGGAAGCCGGAAAGGAAUUGGGGUACGACACGGUCGAUCUGAACGGGAGGACGCAUACCGGAUUCGCCAUAGCGCAAACCACAUCCAGAAAUGGUUCGCGACUUUCCACGGCGCGUGCUUUUCUGCGUCCCGCCCGGAAUCGUCCAAAUCUCCACAUAAUGUUGAACUCGACGGCGACGAAGAUCAUGUUCGACGAGAAUAAGAGGGCGGUCGGUGUCGAAUUCGUUCACGACGGAAUGAUGAAACACGUUUCGGUGGCAAAGGAAGUAGUCGUGAGCGGAGGUGCCGUUAAUUCGCCGCAAAUUCUCUUAAACAGCGGUAUAGGACCUCGAGAGGAGCUCAAUGCUGUAGAUAUACCGGUUGUUCAUGAUCUCCCGGGAGUCGGCAAGAAUCUUCAUAACCAUGUCGCCUACGCGAUGACCUUCACCAUCAACGACACCGAUACUACUCCUCUCAAUUGGGCGACUGCCAUGGAAUACUUACUCUUCAGGGACGGCCUGAUGUCUGGCACAGGAAUAUCUGAGGUGACGGCGAUGAUAAACACUAAAUACGCUAAUCCGAGGGAGGAUCACCCCGACGUGCAGCUAAUUUUUGGCGGUUACCUGGCCGACUGCGCGGAGACCGGUAUGGUAGGCGAGAAGAAAGGCACGAAUCGCAGCAUCUACAUCAUCCCGACGAUUCUGCAUCCGAAAAGCCGCGGUUAUCUGCGCUUACGAAACAAUGAUCCCCUCUCAAAGCCACUGAUCUACCCCAAAUACUUGACUCAUCCCGACGAUGUGGCCGCUCUCGUAGAAGCUGUUAAGUUCGGCAUCCGAUUAUCCGAGACCCAGGCGCUCAAGAGAUAUGGUUUCGAGUUGGAUCGAACUCCGGUGAAGAAUUGCGAGCAUCUCAAGUUUGGCUGCGACGCCUACUGGGAGUGUGCGGUUCGUCAUGACACCGCUCCAGAGAAUCAUCAGGCAGGAUCUUGUAAAAUGGGACCGCCAGACGAUUUAAUGGCCGUAGUUGAUAGCCAAUUGCGAGUCAGAGGAGUGCGAGGUGUAAGAGUAGCCGACACCAGUAUUAUGCCGAGGGUAACGUCCGGCAACACAAAUGCGCCUGCGAUUAUGAUCGGUGAAAGAGCGGCAGAUUUUAUCAAGAAGACCUGGAUUGGUUGACUCGAACUUGUUUAACUAAACAAUUUGAUUGUACUGUUCUUACUAUUAUCAUUUCGUUAAGGACCUUGGGCAUAAAUCUCGUAUAGAUAACGAAAUUAUGAAGAAGUUUGUGAGAAAUGUAGAAUAUUUAGAAAAUUUUUUUAAAUAUAUAUAAUUAUUAUUAUAGAUACUAAAAUAUUAUUCAAAAUUAGGUAGAUAAAAGACAAAUAUUAAAUGAAAUUAAUUGCGCGUAUACUUAUAUAAUCUUUUUAUAGAUUGUUAUAUUCGAAUUUUUAUAAAUGUUUGGCUAGAAACAUUUGGCAUUACACACAAGUUGGUAUUUUUCUAACAAUUUUAUAUAAUUUUAUUAUUAAUUAAUUAUUUUAAUUACUUGAAGUAUUAUUUAAAAAUGUACAUUUUUUGAUAAGUAAUCUAUCGAAGAUAAUUCUUUAGCAAGAUUUUUACUGAUGUAAAAAAUAAAUUGCACCUUUUCUUAGUUACAUAACAAUUCAAAAUAUAAUAAUUUACACGCAUUUGACGUGUUAUAUGUUUAAGCUAGUUUCAUGUUAAUCUUUCAGAGAUUGUAACUUUCAAAUCAAAUAGAAUUAUCAACCGCGACAACUCUUGAGCAAUUAGCAAUGAACAAAUAGUCCGAUUGCGAUCUUCCUGCAUUUCCACCGAAAAUAAAUAGAGUAAGGAACUUCGUUGUAAUGUAAAUAGUACAUUGCCGCAGUGUAUUCUCCUAUGAAUCACUUGUAAUGAUGUACAAAUAAAAAAGAUUUGUACCACGAAA